GUGCUUUGACGCAAAUGCCCCCCCCCCACACGUUCUUCACUCAACUCCUCCCAAAAAUAUUGCUAUCGGUGGUUAGUAGCGAGCAAAGUGUUUUUGUUUACAAAUUCGCCAUGGCCCAAAGUAUUGAAGGUGACAAGCGCAGAUCGGGUCAGACUGGGAAAAGUCUAUGCCAAUGCAAGAGUCCCCAUGACAACGGUAAUGUGGCCAUGCACGACCCUGAAUGCAGCGCCAUACUGGAACUAGAUUCAAAAGAAUCAUCUGAGGAAUCUUCAGAAGAAGACAUUGUGAAGUGUUCUGCAGAGCCAGAGGUUGUAGGCCCAGCCAAUGCAGCCAUGGAGCUGGAAAGGAGGGUUGAGGAGAUGAGGAGGCGAAAUGAGGCUUUGCUGAAACGGUUUAAUGAAGUUGAGGAGGACAGGAGAAGGGCUGAGCGUAGGGGGGCAGCCCUGCUGCCCAAAAGCACCAAACUGGUCAAAACCAGUUAUUCAGCUCAUACCACUGAUGUGUCGGACCAGUGGGAGAGCCUCACCAUCACCGUAAUGAACCAGGACUCCCGUUUGGUGGCAAGGCGGUCUAAUGGAGGCAGCAGGCAGCCCAAAUCACGGAGGUUGGAGGACCGCCUGGAAAAGAGAUGUGGGGAGGAGAAAAACAUUUUGGAGGAAAGGCAGCUGAUAAUCUGCACUAUAGACAACGGUGAGGAUGCAGGAGACUACUGCACAGACCACAGUGGCAGCACAUCGGACGUAGAGAGGCGAGAGUACCUACGCUGGAAGAAGAGACGCAACCGCUCGAUUGUGGAACUGCUCGGCCAACACCAGGACGAUCUGGUAGAACACCUACAGAGCAGCAAGGAUCAGAUGGAACUGCUCGACCAGGAUGACAUGGCAGUACACCUCCAGAGCAGCAGGGAGCAGAUGGAACUGCUCGACCAGGACGACCUGGCAGUACACCUCCAGAGCAGCAGGGAGCAGCGUAAGAAGGCCCGUUAGCUGGACAAUGACAUAAUUCAAAUUUUCUUGUUCAGUCAACCACUGUUAGUAUUUGUGCAUGUUUAUUGGUGUAUUGCACUUUAUUUCUUGAUAUUUUCACUGUGAAUGUUAAAUUUUUCUGUACUUUAUAAACAACCUGUAAAAUGAGCAACCACAAGCUCUUAUCUCACACUUUCUCUGACAGAGAUAAAGUAGAGGGAGAAUACAGUUAACACUCAAUGUACUUGACUUCUCUCAUCUCUUAUUCUAGCAUGAUGCCCAGUGGAGAUGGACCGCCAUGGUCCUUGAUUAAAAGUUUUGUCUUUUACUUUGGGUUUUAUAUCCAAACCGUAACUUAGUUUGUACAUUGAUAUGGUUCUGUUUGUGUAAUGACGUGUUCCCUGAAUUCCCCUGUUCUAAAGGUUACUUUUGUCUGUGUAGCUGAUGUCCAAUUUGAUACAAGGUGGAGACUUCCUGAAUUUGUUCCAAUAUAAACUUUUUUUGUUCUGGUUGCUUCCAUUUUGGUUCUUAAACAGUUUACAAAAAGAAUACUCACCUGGAGAACAACUACUGAAGUUUACCGACUGUCAUGUUAGGUACAAUAUAUACCAGUGACCCAUUUUUGAUUGAAACCUCCUCUUAAGGGAAAAUUUAAUUGGUAUAGAGGAAGCAAUUAAGUGGUCCUCAUUACGAGAGAGUGGCUGUUCCGAUGUCGUUUGACCAGAUCAACGGGGCCUGCGUCACUAGAUACGUUUGACACAAAUCCCAAGUCAUGGUAUCUAUAUUAGCAUUUUUCACCCAUCCCCAGGGAAACAACCAAAGCAUGGAUUUAUCUUUUACCUUGUCCAUAGACUGCUUACAGGGUAAUGAAACUAAGUUAUUUGGGAGAACUAUACCAUUAGUGGAUCUGAGUGGAUAGGUACUGUAGACAUUUGUCAGAUACUGUAAUGACAAGUUGAUUUUAUAUCAAAUUUAUUUAUAUAGCCCUUACAUCAGCUGAUAUCUCAAAGUGCAGUACAGAAACCCAGCCUAAAAGCCCAAACAGCAAGCAAUGCAGGUGUAGAAGCACGGUGGCUAAGAAAAACUCCCUAGAAAGGCCAAAACUUAGGAAGAAACCUGGAGAGGAACCAGGCUAUGAGGGGUGGCCAGUCCUCUUCUGGCUGUACCGGGUGGAGAUUAUAACAGAACAUGGCCAUCUCUGGUUAAUGUUUCUCAAUUUAAACCCCAAACUACCUUGAACAUUGACCCUCGUAGCGAGUGGGGGAUUUUUUGCGUUGUCAGUUUGUCCUCUUGGCCGACCGUCUCUGCCAGCUCUGCACCAAGACAUUUCACAUAUGGAAAUACAGUAUAUUGCAACCUAAUAAGCACACUCCAAUUGGGAUGUGCAUAAUACAGUUUAGAAUAGCCUUCAUAGGCUAUUCACAACUUUCCCAAGUCACGGCAUGCAUCCGGAGUAGUUAUUAAACCAACAGAUUAUGACGUGCAAUUAAAUGGUGGGAGGAAGCAAAUUAAUUCCCAGAAGAGCUUGUUCUCAGACAAUACAGUGUGGAUGGUUUGGCGGGGGAGUAUUUUUACUAUGGGGUUGGAAUGCCUCGCCAUAUUAGGGAGUUGUAAAGAUGACAAAUCCCUGUGUUAAAUCUUCAACCAAAAUCCUGUUGAAAGGAGACUACAACAUGACUGACUAAAGUGUUGGUAUGUUUUAUAUCAAGGUCAAAUGUCUCUUUAAAUCACAAUUCCAUGUGUUUUAUGACAGGUCAUUGUCUGGCUUUUAAUAACUUCAUGGUAUACUUCAUGAGGUGUGAAGUCACUUAACAACAUGACGAGACUUUGUCUGUUGGCACAAUAGAAUAAGCCUGCCUCUGAAUUGUUUUGGCCAACGUUGACCUUUGGGGCUUCAUUGAGUUGUUUUGGCUAUUGUUUACCCACUAGGUUUAGAAUAGGCCCAAACAUCUUAACAAAUAUACAUCAAACAACUCUACGUGGCUUCUCUGGGUUAGUCUUCAUGACACAAGUGUGAGUAAAUUGUUCACGUCUGUAGAAAUUGGCAUCAAUCACUGAACCGUGCUCUGUGUUGUCCCAGUCUCACAUGGUAUGUAGUACACUGAUUGAAAGUAUGGUCCCUAUAGCCACACGUCAUCCUUUUUUAAUCCUUUACUGUGGUUCAGUGUUCCCUAGUGGCAUGCAGGGACUUAAGACCUUGGCUGGUGGUGGUGGAUGUCCUCUGCAGGUGUGUGCUUGUGUGUAUUGUGUUCGCGGGCAACGUUGGGAUUUUGAUGCCUAUAAGUCAUUUAGUUUUCACUUCGACACCUGCAGAGAUUAGGGCCCUGAAGAGGACAAAUGCCUCUGCUGCUAACGCUGUCCACUCUCUAUAUUAUCAGGCUUACAUAAAACCCACCCAAUGAUUAAAAAGUGAUUGCAAAGACCUAGGUGUCCUGAUCCUCUUUGCCUCAGUCAACCUACUCUGAAUCCAUGUAUGUAUUGGCAUCUUUUCACUUGCUGUGCAGACGAAACCAUUGCUAGUGGGGCACGAUGCUCUUAGGGACUCAUGACGUUGUUCCGGUUGCUUCUCUCCUAGUUGUGUACUGUAUGCUGUUAGAAUCUAUGCUAACAGCAUGUCUAUAAACAUGGUAUCGCUAAUGGAUUAGGGUUAAAUGGGAGAACAGUGGCAAGUGUUACUGAGUGGACCGUCCUGGCUAAGUAAAUGUAGUAAGAAGUGGUAGUUGCAUCACUUGGUGUCCACUCCAAGGAGAUAGUAGGAGUUGGAAGAGACUGGGCGCCAUGGCAAUUUUCAUUUAGUGUCUUUGACUGGUCAGUCCCUGAGUAAACAUUCUUAAACCUUGGAAGAGUCAUGCAAGGAUGAGGAACCUAUUUUUAUUAUCUGAGAAUGUUUUACAUCUUAUCUGGUUCAUAGUCGCCUAUCUAAUCUACAAUCGGUCAGAUAAAACCAUCAAUUAUUACUUGAGAAGGGACAAACACUUUUUUUCCUGUGGUUAACUUCCUCCUCGUAAUAUGGUUACAUAUUUCUAAUGACCAGUGAGGAGUCCGAUGGCUGCUCAGGGGUUGGGGACACAGGCCAAGAACACUCACUUAUAUCCUUACUAAUAUCUGCAUAGGGUUAAAUCAGAUGCCAUGUUGAUGAGAAACAUCUAGUUGAUUAUUAAUUUUUUGGUUCUGAAGAAGAAUUAUUAUUUUGGCAUACUCCUAUUCCCAUGGAACCCGAUGUUAUUGUUUUACCAGGCAUGUGUAUAAAUAGCCAACAGGAAUGACUAGUUACAAACACCUUCAUUUGUUGCUUUAUUAAGAGAUGGAGUCUGUCUGUGUUCUGCUGCUGUUGCUGUGCUGCUGCAGUCUGUCUGGUGCGCAAGUUGUGAGCAGUAGUGAGGGAAACGUCGCAAGCGAAAGCUCUCCACACGUUGACGACAAAGUAGGAAACUACUGGAUGAAUGAGCCUCAGGUGAAGUGGCAGGCACCACCGGCUCCCAAUCGGACAUCUACACUUAGUGUCAAAAUGGAAAGAAGAGACCUAAGGUGGCGUUCUCAGCAUCACUCUUCCCAUCAUCUCAACACAAAGGGCCCUUUAAAAUUGACACCACCCUGAUAUUCACAAAUGUUAUCACAAACAUUGGCAAAGCGUACAACUCUGGAACAGGUGUCUUUGCUGCACCGGUGAGAGGGGUCUACUACUUCACGUUCACUUGCAGUUCUGGGACUACAGGAAAAGUGAAUGCGGCCCUGUUGAAGAAUGGCCAAAAUAUGGCUGCAAUGAUUGAAAAUAGUAAUACUGACAGCAUGGGGUCAAAUAGUGUAAUACUGCAGUUAGAUGAAGGUGAUCAUGUUAUCAUUAUCCUCUGGAGGGACAACAGCAUCUAUGACAAUGGAUACAGGAGCACAUUCACUGGUGUUCUGCUCUUUCCAAUGUGAGGAGAGCAUACCAUUUGCUUUUUGUAACUAUAAUGAUUGUAAAGUUUUGUAGGAAUGUAUGUACAAUAAUCAAACACUGAUGUUCGUCAUCCUUCAGGAAAUACUACAGGUGCAUUUCUCCAACGUUUAUGCAAACAGGAUUCUAAAGGUUUUACAAAUGUAUGAUUUAUAAAGAUUCUUAAUCACCAAUAGAGUAAACCUGGUUUAUCAGAUGUCGCAGAUGCAUAGGAAUCCCCCCACUAAGAUAUCCAGCACUAACUACAGUGAGCCUGAGAACACUGUACUAGAGCAUAUGUGUAAGGACCGACGCCAGAGAUGAGAAGCAGGUACGGGGAGUCAACAUUUCAUCAGGAACAAACAGGUAACAGGACAGGAACAGCGUCAGCACACGGGUAAACAAGGACAUAUGACAAUCAAUGCAGAAGCAGGGAACAGAGUUGGGAACCAGACAGAUAUAGGGAAGGUAAUGACAGAGGUAAUUGAGUCUAGGUGAGUCCAAUAAUCGCUGAUGCGUGUGACGGGGGGAAGGCAGGUGUGCGUAAUGAUGAUGGCAGAAGUGCUGGGGAGCCUGGUGCCCUCGAGCGCCAGGGGGGAAGAGCGGGAGCAGAAGUGACAAUAUGUUUAGUUUAAAUGGAUUUUUUUCACUUCUUAUGUUACCAAGGAGCCUCAGAAACUGUAUGUACCAUACAUACUGCAGUCUCACAGAAAACAGUUUUGUUAACAUAACCUAAUUUUAUAAAAUCCUUUUUGUUCUGUUCUGGAAAAUAAAACAAAUAUAAGGAUCCAACCUA